UGCAAUCUGCAAAGCGUAGUGGCGACAGGGAAAAUGAGCCGGCGGCAAGACCGAGCCGAGACCCUUGUGGAAGCAGCCGUUGGAGUCCUCAACACAGCGGACCCAUUCGAGAAGGCGCGGCUCGGCGAUUCGGUCGCUUCUCAGUGGCUCCAGGGGACCAUCACUCAGCCCUACGACCCGUCCCUGGACCUCCCCGUCCCAGAUCGCCCCGCAAGGCUCUCCAACGUCAAGUUGGUGUCACCGAGUCUCAUGCCGAAGCUUGGAAAAGCAGGUAGCUUGCAGAGUAGGCAGGCCAUUGUGCAUAGUCUUGUGCACAUUGAGAGCUGGGCUAUUGACUUGUCUUGGGAUAUAAUAGCUCGCUUUGGUAAGCAAGCUGCAAUGCCAAGAGAUUUCUUCACCGAUUUUGUUAAGGUGGCUCAGGAUGAGGGCAGACACUUCACUCUCCUUGCGGAACGGCUAGAGGGGCUGGGUUCUUUUUAUGGAGCAUUACCAGCUCACGAUGGCCUCUGGGACUCUGCUACUGCUACUUCCACUGAUCUCUUAGCACGUCUGGCAGUUGAGCAUUGCGUCCAUGAGGCAAGAGGACUUGAUGUGCUUCCCACAACCAUUUCUCGGUUUCGCAAUGGAGGCGAUAAUGAGACAGCAGAGUUACUAGAGAGAGUGAUUUACCCAGAAGAGAUUACCCAUUGUGCUGCUGGGGUUAAAUGGUUUAAAUAUCUUUGCCUAGGGGCUGAAAAUCCUGCUUGGAAUCAAGGCAGCUUGGCAUCUCCAGGUGGGGCAGGAGAAAGUGAAAAAACGCUAGAGGAAGAUGAAGUAAUUCAGAAGUUUCACUCAAUAGUGAGGACAUACUUCAGGGGACCAUUGAAGCCACCUUUCAAUGAGGAAGCAAGAAAAGCUGCUGGUUUUGGCCCGCAGUGGUAUGAACCACUUGCUGUCAAAGAGGUUAACCCUAGAGUGGCAACAAUAUUUUAAUUAGAAAAAAAAAAUUCUGAUAAAGUUUGUUUACGACUCUGGAAUUGUUUCUUAUAUUCUCCAAGAGGCAAAUGUGUUUUUCCAUUUUUUUUCCCCAUAUUAUUUUAGAUGAGGCUGCCCACAAUGGGGUCACAGGAACCCUAAGAAUCAGUUUUUGAAUGCAUAUAGUGCUUUCGAAUC